CCGUUCUUUUUCAUAUACAGUAGUAUAUAUAUAGAGAGAGUAAAAGAUAUCGUAAUUCGUAUAUGAAGACAACAUUUUACUAGUAACAUUUAAACAUUACAACACCCCUUCUGUAUAAUAUGAACAAACAGCACUGUUUUCUCACUUCUUCUCCCUAGAAAAUUUCUGGGUUUCAAGUUGUGACUAUACACUUAAAAAUUCUGUUUUUCACUUCUUCCGAAGUAUAUUUGUGUCAUGGCGAGGAACGGAGUAUUUUCGCGGCGGUGGAGGGCGGAGAAGAUGGAGGAGUUUGAUAAUUUAUGCCCGUCUUUGGAUUCUGAUGAAGUUCAUGUUCUUGCUGUCGAUGAUAAUCUCGUCGACCGGAAAGUUAUUGAACGGCUGCUCAAAAUCACAACUUGCAGAGUAACCACUGUGGACAAUGGGAGGAGAGCUUUGCAAUUUCUUGGAUUGGAUGAAGAGGAGACCUCUGUUGGGUUGAAUGGUUUGAAGGUGGAUCUGAUAAUUACUGAUUAUUGUAUGCCUGGAAUGACUGGCUACGAGUUGCUCAAAAAGAUUAAGGGCUCAUCGCUUAGGGAAAUACCUGUUGUGAUUAUGUCAUCUGAAAAUGUUUUGACACGAAUUGACAGAUGUUUGGAAGAAGGUGCUGAUGAUUUUCUAUUGAAGCCGGUGAAACUGUCAGAUGUAAAACGAUUAAAGAAUUACAUAGUGUUCAGCGGAGAUCAGUUUAGAAGAGAAGCCAAAACAAUGAACAAAAGAAAGUUGGCAGAAACAUCUUGUGAUGAUUCGCCUACUUCAAUUGACCUCUCAUCAACUCUUUCAUCGUCUCUUUCUACUGAUUCAUCCACACAUUCCACUGGUUCAUCCAUGCCAACAUCACUAGUUUCACCAACAAGACGACUCAAAAUGAGCAGCAGCCAAGAUUUGUAACACUAUAUUGACUUAUGUCUACAGGUCCCUUGCUUAUGAGUUUUUUCUGCUUUUUUAUUCACACAAGGUUUACUAAUGUUUUUAAAUGAGUAGUUACCUAACUAAUUGGAACAGUGAAUCGUAUUGUUACUUUAAAUAUGUUACUGUUUUC